AAGAAAUGUUAGCAAGAAAAACAAUGGGUGCAGCAGCAUGUGCUCCCUCUAAAUAUCUCAUUGUGAUCACCGGACCUUCUGGGUGUGGGAAGAGUACUCUUCUCAACAAACUGUUUGAGUCCUACCCUGAAAGGUUUGGUUUCUCGGUGUCUCACACCACACGGUCUCCCCGACAGGGAGAGCAAGACGGGGUACAUUAUCACUUCUCUCAGAGGUCUAAGAUGCAGCAGCUAAUUGAAGAUGGAGCGUUUCUAGAGCAUGCGGAGUUUGGUAGUAAUCUGUAUGGAACAAGCAAACUAGCUGUUACCAAUGUGUGUGAUAAGGGUCAAAUAUGUAUACUUGACAUUGAGCUUCAGGGCGUACUUCAGGUUAAGAAAGUAGGUGUGGAAAUGUCACCAGUUUUCGUGUACAUUAAACCCCCUUCCUUCUCAACACUGGAACAGAGACUACGAGACAGAAACACAGAGAACAAGGACAGUUUAGAGAAGAGACUUUCUCAGGCUAAAAAAGAUAUGGAGUACAUAGCUCAACACCCUGACCUCUUCAAUUACACCAUAGUAAACGACAAUCUGGAUACUGCUUACAGCGAGCUCCAGACUGCUUUAAAACCUUUCGUGGAGUCUAAUUAAUUAAUUAAUUAAUUAAUGACAGUGUAUGUUACUUUAUAAUUAUGCUUAAUCGUUUAGAUUAUGUUAAUUGCCCCAGUGUGACGUCAUUGUCUGGUCUCAUGUUUCUGUGAUUACUGCUUUGUUUGCUGUUUAGUGUUUACUUCGUACAAUGCAUUUGUCAUGCAGUUAAUACCCAACAAUUCAUCAAAACAGAUCUAGCCUUUUUUGUGAUCGAUCUAUUUAUUGAUUUAUAGUAGUAGUAUUAUAUGGAUCAAAUUUCUGUUAAAAUUAUUGAUGAGACAAGAUUUUGGUCUCAUUAUAUUUACGACAACAUUAUAUAUACAUUAUAAUAUAUACAUUAUAUAUAUACAGGGUGGCCCAGAAGUAACUCGCGUAACUCUUCUUAGAAAUGCACAGAAAUUUCAGAGAUUAUAGAUAUGGGUCAAACUUAGAUUUCCUGAAAGUUUCGUC